CACGACAGAGGCGGACUGUACCACUGUGCUUCAGAUAGGAAGGACGCGGCAGAGUGGAGUGCUGCAAAGAGAGAGAGACCGACAGACAAAUAGAGAAAGAGAGGCUAGAUCUAUCCUUUGCUUUUCUAAUCCCUCAGCUCUGUCUGCAUGCUGCCUGUGUAGUCAAAGUGAUGCUUUCUCUACAUACACUAUUCAAGAUCCAGAUUCAGAUUUUAGAGUGAUUAUUGAACUCUGAGAUUGAUUUGUUGCGAUACUGGGACACCACUGAGCACUCGCAAACUUCAGUUUGAUUCCAUUGUGGAGUGGAUAUUCGAGACACCUUAAAUUUUCUGAAGUCCUGUGAAAUCAGGAAUCUGAAAUCUGAAAUCAAAUUCUGGCACGCACUAUCACACACUCACUACAAGAAAGCAACAAGUGCAAUCACUGUGCCCAAUGGAUCUGAUAUUUUCAAGCAAUUUACUCAUCAUGCUAUAACUGAAGGUUCACAUUUUUUUACCCUUCAAAGGUAAAACAGGCUGCUGAUUAUUCUCACAAAACACAUAGGCAAAGGACACUUUCCACUUGUACAAUUAGUCAGCACAGAAACAGCAUGGCCAACCGUGACCAGAACAACAUAUACCACCAAAGUGAUGGGGACAGCUAUGGGACAUAUGGCGAAGGUGAUGGAGGUGGUCACGAUGGAUAUGGCUACCAAGCCGAAUACCCUCCCCAGGAAGAGGACGCUGCUAGUGAUGUAACUGAAGGUCAUGAUGAAGAAGACCAGAUGUACGAAGGAGAGUAUCAAGGUAUACCACAUCCUGAUGAGGUCAAGGCCACACAAAGAGCUGCAAGGGCGAACUCUCGAAUUGGCGGUGCACUCUCAGAACUGCAGGAGCUAUCGGAACAGUAUGAGGAUAUCAUGGAAGAUUGUGGCCAUGGAAAGUUCCAGUGGACACUCUUCAUCGUGCUGGGCCUGGCUCUGAUGGCUGAUGGGGUCGAAUGUUUUGUGGUUGCCUUUGUUCUACCAUCUGCCGAAAAGGAUUUGUGCCUGUCCAAUGCAGAGAAAGGGAUGCUGGGUCUAAUUGUCUUCCUGGGUAUGAUGGUGGGAGCGUUCAUAUGGGGUGGUCUCGCAGACAAAGUUGGCCGUCGACGCUGUUUGGUUGUGGCAUUAGCUAUAGACUGCGUCUUUGUCUUCCUGUCCUCCUUCGCCCAAAGCUAUGGUUUUUUCCUCUUCUUCAGGCUGCUGUCAGGCAUCGGUAUCGGCGGCACAGUGCCGAUUGUCUACUCGUACUUCUCUGAGUUCCUCCAGAUGGACAAGCGAGGAGAGCAUCUGUCCUGGUUGUGUAUGUUCUGGAUGAUUGGUGGGAUAUAUGCAUCUUUCACUGCCUGGGGAAUCAUUCCCAGAUAUGGUAAGAUUCUAAUAUUUCUAUUGUAUUGUAUCUACAAAUACAACUUUGUAUACAAUCUCAAGUUUAAUAAUCUGUUUGUAUUUUGUGUAGGUUGGGGGUUCAGUAUGGGCACAGAGUUCCAGUUCCACAGUUGGAGGUUAUUUGUUCUGGUUGCAGCUCUUCCUGCCAUUGCCUCUCUGGUUGGACUAACUUUUAUGCCUGAGAGUCCUCGCUUCUUACUUGAGAAUGCCAAGCACGAUGAAGCAUGGAUGAUUCUGAAGCAGGUCCACGACACCAACUGGAGAGCCAAAGGACAGCCAGAAAAAGUCUUCACCGUGACUCAUAUCAAGGCUCCGAAGACAGCAGAGGAUGAGAUAAUUGAGAUUCAAAGUGCUACAGGAACAGCUGUGCAACGCUGGCUUGUCCGCUCACUUACACUCUGUAAACUGGUGCUAAAGAACGUAGCAUCUCUCUUUUCUGCUGAGCUGAGGUUUGCUACUCUCUUCAUGGCCAUCAUCUGGUUCUGCAUGGCUUUCAGCUACUAUGGCCUAUCUGUGUGGUUCCCAGACAUGAUCAAGCACCUUCAAUAUGAAGAGUAUGAGUCAAGAGUCAGGGUAUUCCAUAAAGAGAAAGUGGAGAACUUCUAUUUCAACUUUUCUUUAGAGAAUCAAGUCCAUAAAGAAGGGGAAUACAUCCAUGACAAGUUCAUCAAAAUAGAACUGAAGUCUGUGCAGUUUGAGGACUCAUUGUUUGAAGACUGUCUUUUUGAGGACAUCAAGUCCACUGACACAGUGUUCGAGAACUGCACCAUACGCAACACUGUCUUCAACAAUACAGAUCUGAAGGAGAAGUUCAUCGACUGUAAAAUGGAAAACAACACCUUUGAGCAUGACAAACGUGGCUGCCACCUGGACACUGGUGAAGAGAAUGAUGUCCUCAUAUAUCUGGUCAGCUUCCUCGGCAGUCUGGCCGUGUUGCCUGGGAACAUCAUCUCCGCCCUCUUCAUGGAGAAGAUUGGCAGAGUCAAGAUUAUCGGUGGCUCCAUGCUCGUCUCAGCAGGGUGUAGCUUUUUCCUGUUUCUGAGCUUCAGCCAAUCAGCGAUCAUCGCUCUACAGUGUCUCUUCUGCGGCGUCAGUGUGGCUGCAUGGAAUGGCAUCGAGGUGGUGACAGUAGAACUGUACCCUGCUUCUAAAAGGGCAACAGCCUUUGGCGUCCUGAAUGCUCUCUGUAAACUGGCAGCAGUUCUUGGCAGCUCUAUCUUCGCCAGUUUUGUGGGCAUCACCAAAUCCAUCCCCAUCCUGCUGUCCUUCGCUGCGCUGGUCUGCGGCGGCAUGGUUGCCCUCAAGCUGCCUGACACGCGAGAGAAAAUUCUCCAGUGAAGUCACUUGAGUAAUUGAGAGUGUUUAAGACAUAUUGUAUUUGCUUGAUUUUGAAAUCUUUGCAGCACCGAUUGACUUUUACAGUAAUUUUCUUUCCAAAGCAAGAAUGGAAAAAACUUACACUUUUCAAAUAUAAAAUUCCAUGUUUUAAUGUUUUUUUUUUGUUUUUUUUUAAUGUUGACAAUGUGUGUUUUGAGAGGCUGCUCCGCCUGAUAAAUAUAGUUUGUUUUAGGGAUCAGGGAAGGGAUGAUCCUGAGAUAAUGUGUGAAAAGAAUAUUCCGACACUAAUUAAAAUUACAUACAAGCACAUUAGAUGACAAAAAACACAUGAACUAAUUGAUUAUCAUUACCUGCUCUGUAUUGAAUGUCUAAUGGGGAAAAAUGACAUUACAAACUUUCAACUGAAGUCAGGGUUUGUCUCAGUAGAAAUAAAGUCCACACUACAAUUGUGAUCAGCUGUAAACAUAACAUAAAGCUGUAAACAUAACAAACAGGUGUACUCUCACAAGCAAUCACCAAUCAGAGGAAAGGGAGCGGUCCUAGCCACAUAUGGACAAAGCGGAUACAAAACUGGGUCAAACAGAAGUAGUUGUAAGAGGGGCCUUUUCUGGACACUUGAAAUUGACACUUUUAUACUAAGUCCAUGUUAGAGAGUCACUCUAUGGAGGUCUAAAUAGCCAAAAUACAGUACAUUUAAUGGCUAAAUCACACUUAUUCCUUUAGCCGGGGGUUUGUCAAACCAAGUUUUUACCAUAGUAAGUUAUUUAUUGUUAUUCAUUAACUGCUUUUACAAUGAUGUUCAUUUUUGUAUUGACACUAUCGGAGAGUAUUCAUGCAUCCAUGAUCUAUUAUCCUAUUAGCAACUCGUUACAAAUGUUUAUUUUCAUGACUACAGCAAAUAAACAAAUAAAGGUCCACUGAAAUUAAAUUUACUGUUAUGCACCCCAAACAUGAAUGUUAACAUCUCUGAUAGUGUCACUCAAAAAUUGCAUGCUUACCUUUGUAAAGGUAAACUAUUUAAUACAACGUUAUUUAAGAAAUCCCUAACAUUUGAAGAUGUAAUUAAAGUGUCUAAAGUGCACAGUGACUACUUAACAGACAUGUGAAUAUUGCAUUCUAAGCAGGUCCUACAAUUGAUGAACACAUCAACACACUAAAUACACAUGCACCCACGCGCGCACAGACGCACACUGUGUGAGAGAUGGAGCUAACUUUUUUUAUUAGUCUUGUACAAUUUGAUGUUAACAUUGUAUUCAUUGGAAGUGGUUCUCUGCCACAAUGGGUUGUGUAAGUGACUAACUGCAUGUUUGUCUGUUUUCUCUUGUUCAAGAUGUGUACCUUUAAAAAUUUCCUCAUCUGGUCCGUGUUUACUCUAAAUUAUUAAUUUCUCUGCAUAUGACUCACAACUCAUAUUGUCUGAGACGGAAUGUGAUACUUAAAUGUACUCAGCGUUCUCCAAAGAGAAAGAGAAAUGGAUUUCAAGAUGUCAGCCUGCAUCAUCUGUUAUUUGGCUAUGGUUGUGGACUUUCAAGGAUGACAUCUGAUGACAAUUGCACCAACAGUUCUAUUUAGCUUUCGGUGAACAUACUGUAAAUACUAAGCUGUGACCAAACUAAUUAUCCAUAUAGCGGAAAUGCUCUAGAAACAACACCUUCAUUACAGCGCUUUGCUUAAAUGCAGUGAACAUAAGUAAGUAAGUGAACAUAAUCGUGAGCACAGGAUAAUAAUAUACAGUGCGGUCACUGUGUUCCUCUGCCACUUGAGGUGUUGGUUACUAGCCACCUCUGCAUGGCUUGGCCACUGCAGCAUCUAUGAUAUCAUCCACAACAAAUGACAUACAUAACAUAACAACAGUGCAAUCCCUGCUGUGUAAAAGGGGGCUUUGGAGAAGCUAAAAUCAUUAAAAACACACAGAGCAAUACUUCUGAUGCUCUAUAAUUGCUGUUGCUAUCAAAUGCAAUGUUGGGAAUAGUUAUGAUGACUCUUGUUAGAAUAUUUUGUUAUUAAGCGCAAAUUUUUAUUUGGUUCUCAAAUUUAAAUUGUGUGCAUUUUUUAAAUCUUUACUUAUUUCCAUAUUUUAUACUAUUGUGCUGUCCACAGUCAUUUUACUGCUGAUUGAGAUCUACAAACUGUUAAGUUGUACUCAUUGUCCAAUCAUUAUAAUUGUGGCUGCAAUGUGGCAAAAAAAAGAGCAAAUCAGGAAAUGUUGAGAGUAUCUUAUUUUAAUUUUUUUAUGUCAUAACACCAAUAACCAAAUUGCUUAUGACAAAGAAAUAGGAACAUAUUUAUGGCUUAUCAUAUUUGUUAUUCCCCUGUGUCAUUAUUUGUGUCUGGAACAAGUGAAAGCAAAACCCACAUUUUGUUCCAAGUGCUAGUGAUUAAUAUUAUUGUCUUUCAUUCAUUAGUGGUUCAUAGUUUGAUUUGAUUUAUAUUUAUUACAUGAGUAUUG